CAAGCGGCAAGAUGAACGAAAUGAAGAGACAAUUGAAGUUAUGAGUGAAAGAUACGAGGUAGUGAAAUUAUUUUGCUGCUUUUUUUUGGUUCAAUGUAUGCUGGCCAUAGCUUCGUGAGGGAUCAUCUGGUGAUCCAACAACAUGAACAACCCUUCUAACCUUCUAAGAAAAUAAGAACAACAUCAUCAACAGGAACCUUUCAACCCUUCUAAGAAAUAAGACAGAGGACAAAGAUAGUUUGACAUCGUCGAGUAGUAGCAGUGAUUCCGAAUCAGAGGAUGCCGCAGAGCAAGAAAAACGGCAGAAGGAGAAUGCCCAAGUGUUAAGGCCGUUUCUCCUCAUCCGUCUUCAGAAGCACAAGCAUCUUGGAGACGUGUCAUCUUUCCAAUGGGAAAGUGAGGGUCUCAGGAUGGUCUUCGUCCAGAUGGAGCUCUAAAAGUGCUCAGCGCGCGUGGUUUCCGACAAUCCGUGAUGUUGAGAAACAACAGUAUAUCCAUGGACCAGAGACAUGGAUUUUCUUAGGAAUGAGUUUGCUUACUACUGUUCCUAGGCUUCCCACCUACAACUACUACGUGCUAGCUGGUGUUCCUAGUCUUCCCACCUACAACUACAACGUACUGCUGGUAGUAGCCACAUGAUUAAGUAUUUUGUCUACCGAAACACAAAUUAUAAAUUCUCUUCUAACUCUCAGCAGAAGUAGCGGAAGUCCUUACGGAAAAGCCGUUGCCUGUCGCAACAGCCUCCGCGCCUUUCUCCAGUCAGCAACGUUCCAUAAGCAGAGACAAAG